AUGAAUCUCAUCGCCCCAGGAUACUGUCAGGUCCUGGCCUCUCUAGUUGACUCGUUAUUGGACUUACUCUCGCAGCUUGUGCUUUGGUGGACGGAACAUAAGGCGAAUCAUUCGUAUAACGAGACCUACCCCGCUGGGCAACGCCGACUGGAGCCGUUGGGAGUGGUAGUGAUAUGUGCUUGCUGGAUGGGUAUGGCUUCCAUUGAGGUCAUAAGAGAAUCCUGUGGCGUGUUGGCGGAGUAUAUCGGUACGGACAAGGUUCCGCCACUGGAAAUGACGCCUAUGGUCGCGGGGAUAAUGAUUGUGGCUAUCGCCUCAAAAACUGGCUUGUAUUUUUACUGUCGUAAAAUAGGAGAGGAGGCGAACUCUGAGAACGUGAAGGCCUUAGCUCAGGACCAUGUUAACGAUGUGUUCUCCAACACUGGUGCUGUACUAGCAGCUUGGGCAGCAUACGAAAGUCCUAGGCUCUGGUGGGUAGACUCUACGUCCGCUAUACUUAUAUCACUGUAUAUUAUUGGGUCCUGGAUAGAAACGGGUAAGGAACAAGCUGCGAUGAUCGCUGGUCGCUCUGCUGAUCCGGAGUUCCUAGCCAACAUAAGGGAUAUUGCGAAUCAGUAUCAUCCUGAGCUAUAUGCGGAUAUAAUACGAGCCUAUCACUUCGGUCCGAAUUUUCUGGUUGAACUUGAGAUGGUAUUACCGGAGACGUACCAGCUUAGAGAAAGCCAUGAUAUUGGUAUGGGCCUACAGCAUAAAAUCGAGGAUCUUGAUCGAGUGGAGCGAGCGUUUGUGCAUAUUGACUAUCAGGAACGCCCUUACGAUGAACACGAUGAGAACUCAUGGCCAAACGAGUACUAUGAGAAAGUUAGAGGAUCCCCACGGCAGAAGUCGGCUAAAUGCCGCACUGUGAAGGAGGGCGAGGCUCAUGCUUCUGGUGCUAGUGGUGGUGUCUUGGAAACACUGGCUCGUCGACUAUAG